UUCAUGUCUCCCUCCGAAGCUGAAGGGAAGAGGCGGGGAAAAGACAUUGUCACGUGACUGAGACAGCCCGCUACCUUGUUUUGCUUCUGCCUGGCCUCUCAGAACGGGCGAGACGGGAAGUGACUGCGCCGCCGCAGGCAAAGACAAUUUUAUAUGACCAAAUGGUAAAACUAAUUUGCACUCUAGGAGACCACAGAGAUGAUGUCAACUGCUGUGCUUUCUCUUCUUCCUACUUGGCUACAUGUUCCCUAGACAAAACUGUCCGCCUGUACCAUUUAAGCGACUUUAAUGAACUUCCUUACUCACCAUUAAAAGGCCACACUUAUGCUGUUCAUUGCUGCUGCUUCUCUUCUUUGGGACAUAUUUUGGCCUCGUGUUCUACAGAUGGCAACACAAUUUUGUGGAAUACUGAAAAUGGGCUGAAACUGGCUGUGUUGGAGCACCCCUGUCGAAGUCCUGUAAGAAUAUGUCGGUUUUCUCCAGAUUCUACAUAUGUGGUUUCAGGAGCAGCUGAUGGAAGUGUAAAUGUUUGGAAUGUUCAGUCCUUCAAAGUGUGCCGAUCUGGUAGCGUUAAAGAUGGUUCUUUGGUAGCCUGUGCAUUUGCUCCUAAUGGAAGUUUCUUUGUGACUGGGUCAUCAUGUGGAGAUUUAACUGUUUGGGAUGACAAAAUGAGAUGCUUAUAUAAUGAGAAGGUUCAUGAUCUUGGAGUCACCUGCUGUGACUUUUCUUUGCAGCCACUUUCUGGUAAUGUGGAAGGUGUUAAAUAUAUCCAGAUGGCAUCUUGUGGUCAAGAUAGUACAAUUAAAAUAUGGCUGAUUUCCUUUGCUGAUCCCACAGGCUUUGAUAUGAAGUAUAAGUGUACAUUAAGUGGACAUGCUGCCCCAGUUCUGGCUUGUGCUUUUUCAUAUGAUGGGCAAACUUUAGUCUCUGGAUCUGUGGACAAAACUGUAAGGAUUUUUGAAACUAGAACUUGGAGCAUCCUACACACUUUGACUCAGCAUACCAGAUAUGUUACAACUUGUGCCUUUGCACCGGAUAUGCCAUUAUUUGCUACAGGUUCAAUGGAUAAAUGUGUGAACAUCUGGCAAUUGGAACCAAAUCAACAUUUCACAGGAAGUGCAUUAAGGGAGGAACCAAAGAUAUCUGUUGAUAACUGGUCAGAAGAAGAGGUUUCUGUUUGGCUGAGCAGACAUGGCUUACAAGAUCUAGUUGAGAUUUUCAAGAGACAUAACAUUGAUGGCAAAGAACUGCUGAGUCUUACAAAGGAAAGCCUCGUUGGUGACUUAAAAAUUGAAUCUCUAGGCAUUCGUGGUAAAGUAUUGCGCAAGAUUGAGGAGCUGAGGAUUGAGUCUGCAUGCCUGGGUAUCCCUGAUGAAUUCUUGUGUCCUAUAACACGAGAACUUAUGAAAGAGCCAGUAAUUGCUGCAGAUGGCUAUUCUUAUGAAAAAGAGGCAAUGGAAAACUGGAUCAUUAAAGAAAGGAGGACAAGUCCCAUGACAAAUCUACCUCUUCAGACUCUUAUACUUACCCCAAACAGAAGUCUGAAAAUGGCGAUUAAUCGUUGGUUAGAAACUCAGCCAAAAUAUAAUGAGAAGCAAUCACCGUGAAUAACAUUUUUUUUCAAAUUAAAGGAAAAGAAGUUGAAGUUGGGCACUGGAGAACCCACUCUGAAGAGUUUCCAGCUCUCCAAGCCCAUUUUAAAGGUGCACGAAGGGCUGCAUAAGGGAGAAGAAAAUGUGGUUUACAGCAAAAGAAGCAGGAUCAAACAUAAACUUGUCACUGAAUUCUGGCCAGUAGCUGCAAUCCUAUACAGGAUAAACCUGGAAAUAAAUUUCACUAAACUCAA